AGGACCUCAUGCCCAGCUGAAGACCACCAGAACCUCAGGAGACCGUUGGGACCAGGUCACCGUUGGCUGGGUCUCUUUGGUCGAGGGCCAACGGAGAGGCCAGAAGUCUUGCCACACCCUUCCAAACCCUCCAAAGACCCACGAAGAACUCAAAAUACACCCCGUGAGGGAAAUCCUGGGCUUAGCCCUCGUUCGGACAACCAGGCUGGGACAGCCACUAUCUUCGAGAGCUCCUGACCCCACCUCAAAAAUAAAUCAAAAGACGCUGGCAGCGGUGGGGCCCACAGAGGCAGAGAUCGGCCACUGGAACCUGGGGACCCCCGGAUAGUGCCGAUCAGCGACUUGGGGCCCCAGCGGCCCUUGGCCUUGAAGAGCAUUACUUUCGUCUGGCAGCCCUGGCCCUGGCCAUGGCCAAGUGGUUCAAGGAGCUCCCGUUGUCACUGAAGAAUGUCUCAGACAGAGCCAAGCCGGGGCUCCCAGGGGCCAAAACCCUCCCUAAAGUUGGACCCUCUCAUAAAAACUCUGACUCAUCCGGUUCCUCGGUGAAGAACCGCAAGAACUCAUCAUCAGACGGACAGGGGAAGGGUCUAAAGGAGAGCCGCCUGUCCAGGGAGAGCCUCCAGAGCUUUCUGCCGGGCAAGAGCCGGAAAAACUCCAGGGAUGAGAUCGGCGCGUUUCGGUCCGCCAAGGGCCACAACCCCUUUAUCAACCGCCUCAUCAAGGUGGACCCCAGCCUGCAGGAGAAGGACGGGAGGAAUCUUCAAGAGGUCAACGAACAGAGUCAAGAGACAGAUAAAGGGAUCAAAGAGGAAACUAUCAUCAUCUUAGAGGACUACGCCGACCCGUACGACGCCAAGCACACCAAAGUCCAGCGCGACGCGGAGAGGGUCGGAGAAAACGACGGCUACAUGGAACCUUAUGACGCACAGCAGAUGAUAACCGAAAUUAGGCGCAGAGGGUCCAAAGACCAGCUGAUCACCGAGCUGAUCCUCAUGGAGCUGACGUCCCCAAAUGAGAGCAAGGCAGAGGCCAAGAGGCAGGGGUCCCAAGAGCUCCUUGUCAAGCCCCCUCAGCUGUACGAUACCCCCUAUGAGCUCCCGGACAACGAGCACGAUGGAGAGGAGAAGAAGGCGCAGCGGGUGGCGGAUGGGACCCGACCGGAGAAUGACGAGAGGCCGGCCGGAGAGUAUGAGCAGCCCUGGGAGUGGAAGAAGGAGCACAUUGUACGGGCGCUUUCAGUGCAAUUUGAGAACAGCGAACGCUCUCAGGCCAAGGAGGAGGUGACCCGGAUGCACCAACGCCAGAAAAGUUGGACGGCCAAAGUCUUGAAGCAGCCUCAGGCCGAGCAGACGGACAAGGUGGACCCGACUGUCCCAUUGGAGAAGCAGAGCUGGUAUCACGGUUCUGUGACCCGCGCGGAGGCGGAGAGCAGGCUGCAGUCCUGUCGUGAGGCCAGCUACCUACUGCGAAACAGCGAAUCAGGAAACAGCAAAUACUCCAUUGCUCUCAAGACCAGCCAGGGCUGCGUUCACAUCAUCGUGGCGCAAACCAAGGACAACAAGUUCACCCUGAACCAGACCAGUGGCGUUUUCUGCAGCAUCCCGGAGGUCGUUCACUACUACUCCAGCCAAAAGCUACCAUUCAAGGGGGCCGAGCAUAUGAGCUUGUUAUACCCCAUUCCCCGAGUACACUGAGCUCUUCUGACCCCAACGACGCAAAGACACCCCC